AUGACAGCUACACUCCCGGACGGCGUCUACUGGGCCGACCUCCCCUGGCACAAACGGGUCGCCUUCGUCACUCAAUACGAUGUCGCGGAGGCGGCGAGGGAGUUCGCGGGAGUGUGGAAGGCCUUCAAAACGGAUCCUCUGGCGCCGGUUGCGUAUUACUUCAGGAACAUGGUGUUGCCGGGGGCCGGGUUGGGGCUUGAAGGAUACGUUCUCUUCUCCAUCGGCAACAUCAAACCCCUGUUCCAAAGCGCGUUCCGGGAGUGCUGGGGCACGAAGAAGAUCUGCAGUCCUACCUGGAUUGCCGCGGUUGAGUAUCUGGAAAUCUGCGGGAUCAUCGUCGGGCAGAUCAUUGUUGGGGUUAUUGGGGACUGGGUUGGACGGCGAUUCGGUCUGAUUCAAGAUGCGGUGAUCAUGCUCCUCGGCCUGAUGAUGAUCACAGCAGCUUGGGGCGUUACUCAGAAUGGCUGGGUUAUCUGCUACGUCUGGUCCUUAUUUGUUUAUGGCAUCGGAGUCGGAGGCGAAUACCCAAUGACCGCAACCAGCGGGAUGGAAAACGCCGUGGGAUCCGGCAGAGUCUCCAACAGGGAAGACCGCCUCCACCGUGGGCGCAAAGUAACCAGCGCCUUCCUGAUGCAGGGCUGGGGCCAGUUCUUCAACCAGGCGCUCCUCAUCAUUCUGCUCCUCUGCUUCCACCACGGCAGCGGGAACCCGCCUUACUCAGCAGUAGCUGCCCAGUGGACAUACCGCAUCUCCUUCGCCAUCCCCGCUGUCGGCACUCUCUGGCUCGUCUACUACCGUUACUUCAAGAUGAAGGCCGCCAGCAAGCAGCUGGCCCUCUCCAAGGCGAAAUCGAAGGUCACGGGCUACGAUACGGAGUCUCUGGCGUUGACGUUUAAGUAUUUUGGGCCACGCCUGAUAGCGACGGCGGGGAGUUGGUUUGCGAAUGAUGUGUUCUUCUAUGGGAAUAAGCUGUUCCAGAGCGAGUUCAUUGCCGUCAUUAGCCCGAAUUCGCAUUCGAUUCUGCCGGGUUGGCUGUAUAAUAUGAUUAAUGUGGGCGUGUCGCUGGUGGGAUACUAUAUGGCUGCCUUCUUCAUCGACAACAAACUCUACGGCCGCAGACUGAUGCAACAAAUCGGUUUCCUAAUGGACUUCAUCUUGUUCAUCAUUCCCGCCUUCAACUUCUCCUUCUUCACCUCCCCCGAAAACAUCCACGCCUUCCAGGCCAUGUACUUCCUCAGCAGUUUCUUCAACCAAUUCGGCCCCAACGCCGUAACCUUCCUCGUCGCAGCAGAAGUCUUCCCCACCCCAAUCCGUGCAACAGCCCACGGCUUCGCUGCCGCAGUCGGAAAACUAGGCGCCCUCACCGCCGCCGUCCUAUACAAUUACAUAGACACCCAGACCAAAUUCUACGUCGUCCCCUGGUUCGGUCUGGCCGGGAUGAUCCUCACCUGGCUCUUCCUGCCCGACACAACAGGCCUAGAUCUCAGGGAGCAAGAGCGCCGCUGGUACUAUCUCCGCCACGGCCGGGAGAGCGAAUACCACGGUCCCGCUGUUCAUCCUAAGCAUCUGUCUCUGUGGGAGCGGAUGCGGGGCGCGGGCAAGUAUUACAAUGCCGAGGCGGAUUACAGGCAGAAGAUAGAAGAGAUGAGGGGGGACUGGGAGGUGAUGAUAGCGAGAAGGGCGACGGAGAAGGAGUUGCAGUUUGAAGAGGAGGAUCUGGACGAGGGGCUUGGCCAUAAGCAUGUACUUACGUACUUUGAGAGGACGAGUUCGAUGCUUCUGGGUGGGGGGAAGGAUGGUGAGGGUGCUGGUGCUGGUGCUGGUGCUGGUGCUGGGACGCGGACGGAUGUUAGUCCGGCUAGUUUGGGGGGUCAGGAUGUGAUUGCGGAGGUGUUGGGGGAGAAGUCGGGAUAG